AUGGAGUCUCUCGACAUCCCUCAGACUGGCAUCUUGCCCACCUUCAUCAUGGGGGUUAUUGCCUACUGCUUCAUCCUCACCUGCAACCUCACCAUUUUACUGACCAUUGCUCUGGACCACAAACUCCACAAGCCCAUGUAUAUUCUCCUUUUCAAUCUUCCAGUCAAUGAUCUGAUGGGAGCUACAGCUCUUUUUCCACAGCUUAUUGCCAGCAUUCACCUGCAGAACCGCAACAUCUCCUUCCCAGCCUGUGUGUUCCAGGCACUGAUGGUCCACCUCUACUGUGGCGGAGCUCUUAUCAUCCUUACUGUUAUGGCUUAUGACCGCUAUGUGGCCAUCUGCCAGCCACUACAUUAUCACACUGUCAUGACCCCCCGCAACCUGAGGAGGAUGACUGUAGGCAUAUGGGUUACUGAUGUGGUCUUGAUAGGGGUUUUGUUCAUCAUGCUGACCCCUUUUAGCUUCUGUCAGAAUCUUAUUGCUGAUAUGUACUGUAACAAUCCCUCCAUUAUGAAACUGACUUGUGAGAUCGCCGCUGUCAAUAAUGCCUAUGGACUGUUCCUGUCUGUCUUUCUACAGGGAGUAUCUACCAUUGUGGUUAUAUUCACCUACAUUCAGAUUCUAAAGACCUGUCUGCUCAAUAAGCAGGCCGACACUAAAAGCAAGGCUAUUCGGACCUGUGCAACACACUUGGUAGUGUUUAUUGUGUUUCAGGUCACCACAAUCUUCUCCGUUCUGUCUCACAGAUUCAGUCAAGUGUCCCCCUAUCUGCGGAGAUCUGGAGUAUCUACCAUUGUGGUUAUAUUCACCUACAUUCAGAUUCUAAAGACCUGUCUGCUCAAUAAGCAGGCCGACACUAAAAGCAAGGCUAUUCGGACCUGUGCAACGCAUUUGGAAACCCACACUAAGCCCUCAUAUGAGGCCCCGCAUGUGCCCCCAGUUUCAUUACUGACUGGGGCCCCCCUUCGGGAAACCCAAACUAAGCCCUCAUAUGAGGUUGCCACCACAGGAGCCCUGACAUGA